GGCGGUUGUUCGAACCUCAGCGUUGGGGAAGGGAGCGGGGACCUGGCAGUCCCGGGCGCUGCGGUUCAGUGAUAUACACUUUGUAUCAAAGAAAAAAGCAGAUAUAAAAAUGAGCUGGGUUGUAGAGGAGUGGAAAGAAGGCCUUUCCACAAGGGCCCUUCAGAAGAUUCAAGAGCUUGAAAGUCAACUAGACAAGCUUAAAAAAGAACGACAGCAAAGACAGUUUCAGCUUGAAUCGCUGGAGGCAGCUUUGCAAAAGCAAAAGCAGAAGGUUGAAAAUGAAAAAAAUGAAGGCGCAAUGCUAAAAAGAGAAAACCAGAGCUUGAUGGAAUUGUGUGAUAAUCUUGAGAAAACAAAGCAGAAAAUUUCACAUGAUCUUCAAGUAAAAGAAUCACAAGUUAAUUAUCAAGCGGGACAACUAACUUCAAGCAAGAAACAAAUUGAGAGACUAGAACAGGAACUUAAAAGAUACAAAUCUGAACUUGAGAGAAGUCAGCAAACAUUGAUUACAGGAGACUUAUCACUCAGUAGUACACCACAGAAGAACUUUACUGCUCCUUUAACACCAGAUCAAAAUCACAAUGAUUCUAAAUUUGAAGAACUCCAAGAAAAAUACAAUAAAGAAGUUCAAGAAAGAAAAAGGCUGGAGGCAGAACUGAGAAAUAUCCAGGUUAAAAAAAUAAAUCAUUCUCAUCCUCAAAGUACUAAGAGUCACAGAGAGAUUGCUCGGCAUCAGGCUUCUUCAACAGUGUUCUCGUGGCAACAAGAACAGACAUCAAGCUGUCCUUCAUCCAGCAAUCAAGAAACCCCUUUAAAGAGAGGUUUUACUUCAUCCCAUUUUCCAUGGGAACAAGAAGCAACUCCUAGCCACAGUGGCUUAAGAUCAAAGAAGACAGAUUUCAACAACAGUUUCUCUGACAAUUUUGGUAAUUCUUCUGUCAUUGAGCAAUUAAAAACACAGAACCAAGAAUUACACUCCAGAGUUCAAGAACUAGAGCAUCACCUACAAGAUCAAGAAAAAGAAAAGAAAUUCCAUAUGAACAAACUUCAAGAAACUCAACUCCAGCUGGAGAAAACAAAACUGGAAUUCACAGAAAAAGAUUCUGUUUUGCACAAAAUUAGAGAUGAAUUGAAUAGAAUGACAGCACAACGUGAUCAAACUGCUGCCCAGUAUGAAAUGGUGGAGCAAAAGAUGAAAAAACUGUCAGAAGAACUGAAUUGUCAAAGACAAAAUGCUGAAAGUGCUCGUUGCUCAUUAGAAAAGAAAGUAAAAGAAAAGGAAAAAGAAUACCAAAAGGAACUGUUUCGUCAGCAACAUUCCUUACAGACAGCGGAUCAGCAGUGCAACCAGAUAAAAGCCAAAUUAAACCAGGACUUGCAACAAGCCAAGAAUGACUACAAUGCUGUACGGGCAGAACUUGACAAAGCAGUAGCUGUGAAACAACAUUUGGAAAACGACUCCAGGGAGCUUAAACAGAAGCUGUGCAGAGCAGAACAGGCUUUACUAGCAAAUCAGUCAAAGGAAAAUGACUUGAGGAGAAACUUUGAGGAAAUGAAGAAGGAAAAAAACCUUCUUCGCUGCCAAUCUGAUCAAAAAUCGCAAGAAAUCCAUCAGCUGGAAGAAGAACUAAAAACAACCAAACAGUUUCUAAAGGAGACCCAGAAUUAUGCGGAAGAGAUGAAAAAUAAGAGUUUGUCUCAGGAAGAAAACCUAAAGAUACUCCAAGAGAAACUCAAACAACAAGAUGCCUCUCUCACUUUGGAGAAAUUGAAAUUAUCUAUAGCUGAUCUGGAAAAGCAACGAGACUCCAUUCAGCAUCUGCUGAAGCAAAGAGAAAACCACACUGAGGAACUAAACAGUAAGAUAAGUAAAAUGGAGAAGGAAUCAGAAGCCUUGCUGAAAGUCCUCGGAUUAAAGGAGAGAGAAUGUGAAGAACUAAAAAAGGAGUUUACUAUUCUUUUUCAAUGGAAAAAUGAAAAUGAACAACUUGUGAAAAAACUUGAGUCUGAAAAGGAAGAAUUGCUGAGCAAAAUUAAUGACUUGGAAAGUUCUCUCAAGAUUCAACAAGUUAAAAGUAAUGAAAGUAGUGAGACUGUUCGAAUAAUGGUAAGUGAGAAGGAAAAAUAUAGUUUGGAGAUUAAAAAUCUCAGAGACAUGGUGGAAUAUAAAAGUGCGAAACUAGAGACACAGAAAAAAGCUUAUGAUGAACUUCAACAAAAAGCGGAAUGUUCAGAUCAAAAAUAUAGGAAAGAAAUAGAAAAUAUGACCUGGAAAAUAUCUCAGUUCACCAACCAAGUUGAAAUUCUAGAACAAAAACUACAGUUAGCAGCAAAUGCAGUACAGGAGAAGGAUCAAUGUUAUCAUGAGUUGCAUGGUAAAUAUGAGAAAAUUUGCUGUCUUGUAAAAUCAAAAGAGAUUUCUGAAGUAAGAGAAGAUAGAGAAUUACAUUUACAGAAUAAUCAUUGCAAGACUCUUUUGGGUGAUGACCAACAACUUCCAGUGAAAAACUGCAUCACAGAUGUAUUAAUGAGAGAACCUGGAACAGUCACUGAGGACUGGGAAGACCAUUGUGCAAAAGCUGUCCUAGAAACAGAUAAAAAUGAUCAACAAGAUAUGUCAGUCCUACAAGAUCAGGUCUCUUCUCUUGAGAUUUCAUUAAAGACUCAAUCGCAGUUUAAGUCACAUUCGCAGAAAGCCUUUGAAAAGUUGGUACAAAUCAAAGGUGAGACAGAAAAAAAGCUAAUUGAAGCAGAACAGAUUCGUGAAAGUUUUGUGACAGAGACUAAAAACCAUAUCAGUAACUUGCAAGGGGAUACUUCUGCUCAGCAGGAUUGUAUUGAUAAAACAUUAGCUGCCCUUGAGGAAAAGGAAAAGCAAUUGCAAACUUUGAACAAAGAAUUAGAAACUCAACAAGCAGAGAUUCGGGAUUUAAAAAGCAAUAAUAAAUUGCUUGAGGAUUCAGUAAAGCAUCUACAACUUGUGCUUGAUACGUGGAAUUUAGAGAAAAAAGACACGUCUACAAUGCUUUCCUUACAUGAAAAAGAAAUUGAGGACCUUACUGAAGAAAACGUAACCCUUAAGGGCAUUAACAAGGCUUUAGAACAAGAAAAAGUAGACUUACUAGAAACAAACAUAAUUUUUUCUAAUAGAUUAAAGGAAAGAGAGGAAAGCAUUUCUGAGUUGUCCAGAAGACAUAAGGAGGAAAGACUGUCACUCAUAGAAGGAUAUGAAGAAAUUGAAAAAGAACUUGUAGAUCUACAAGGAAAAUACAAAUCAAUGGAAGAAAAAAGUGCCAACAUGGAAGGCACUUUAAGACAGCAAAAAAGUCACUUUCAGAAGAGUAAAGCAAAAUCAGAACGACAAGAGAAACAGCUUAGGGAUGAGCAUAAUGAAUUCUUCUCUAAACUAGUGUCCUUAGAGGGAAAAAAUAAAGAUUUGAUUCAAGAACUUGAGAAAGUACAGUCAGAAUUGCAAUUUAAACAAUCUGAGAUUGCUCAUAUCCAAAAUGUCUCUUCAGCUGAGCUGGAUUGUUUAAGACAAGAAAUGUUAAAUGUCAGGGCAGAACAAAACAAAAUGCAAGAACAACAUUACAUCUUGCUUCAAGAAAAUGAGCAAUUGAGCAAGGUAAUAAAAACAGAGACUGAAUGUCUAACAUGUGUCUUAGUUCAUGACAGAGGGCCUACAUCAGAACAGUUGAGAGUGUCCAUGGAAGAAAAAGAGAAUGAGCUGAAUAAAUAUCAAGUUAAACUUGAGCUACUUCAGAUGGAUCUUGAGGACAGAGAAGUCUCUGUAGAAAACUACAGCACACAGGUAAUACAGUUGGAGGCUGCUUUAGAAAGUGUGGAAAGAAAACUUGAGGAAAGUGAAAAGGAAAAAGAGAGGUUGCAGCAAGAAUUACAAACUAUUAAAGAGGAUUUGGAAACUCCAGAUCCUAAGCUUAUAAUAAUGGAUAAGAAUGACCAAACAAUGGAGUCUGUUGUUGAUGCUGUUUCCGAGGUUAACUCUAAAAGAGCAGUAGAUGAGCGGUAUUCUUUAGUUCCUCAUGAGCUGACGCCAAGCCAGAAUGAUGAUGUCCAACUGAUAUCCUCUUUACAGAUGACAGUGAACAGACUAAAUGAAUUGGAGAAAAUGUGUGAAAUUUUGCAGAUUGAAAAGUUAGCAUUAACAUCUGAACUUAAUGACUCAAAAACUGAAUGCACCACUACUGAUAAAAUGGCAGAAGAGGUAAUAAAAGUAGUGAGUGAAGUUAAAAUAUUAAAAGAUGAAAAAGCUAUUUUUCCUGAUGAAUUAAUGGAUCAGAGUGUUGAAAAUGAAGUGGGAAUACACUUUGAUAAUGAGCAAAUGUCUUUCAAAUCCCUGGAAUGUAGUGCUGAACCUAACUAUAGCUAUGAAGAUUUAAAACUGUCCAACAAAGAAGUUAAAAUGCGGUUUGCUGAGGUAAAAGAGAAAAUUUUCUCUUUACAAAGAGAGCAUAAAAUCUUACAUGAGCAACACUGUAGUAUGAUCUUCAAAGUGUCUGAGCUACAGUCCUGUAUUGAAACUCUUAAGGCAGAAAAUUCUGCAUUGUCAACAAGUUUGAAUAAAGUUAGCGCUGAUUCAGUGGAAGUGGAGGUGAUUUCUCGCCAAAAAGAUGGAGAAUUUAAAUUAGAGGAAACCAAGUUCACAUUUUCUCCGUCAUGUCUUAAUGAGAUACCAUAUUUUGCAGAAGCAAAUCUUUUGGAACUGUCCUUUGACAAUGAUCUGUGGAAAUGGAGAGAAGAAAGUAUUCGGCUGAAUAUUUCUCAAGAAUCUGUUCUAGGAGAUACAACAGAAAUUAGUUUAGUAGAAGAGCCCCAUAAUGAUCAGGCAUUGGACUUCAUUGCAAAGAGAGAGAGUGUUAUACAUAGAAAAUCUAAUCUUGAGAGUAAUAUUAAAGAGCUUCAGAUAUGUCAGACAUAUGAAAAGUCCAUCAAGAGAUUUGAAAAGCAAUUCCAGUCUCAUGAAAAUAUGAAAAAUGAGAUACAAGAGCUAAAACAACUAAUUAUUUCUGAAAGGAAAGAAUUGGAUGACCUCAGAAAGCAAAAUGUAUCUGAUAAUGAACAGUGGCAACAAAAACUGAGCAAUGUGACCAUGGAGAUGGAAUAUAAGCUGGCAGCAGAGAAGAAACAGAUUGAGCACUUGUCUCUGGAGCUAGAAGUAGCAAGACUCCAGCUGCAAGGCCUUGAUUUAAGUUCACGUUCCCUGCUAUGCACAGAUGUUGAAGAUACUUCUCCUACUGCACAAGAAAAUAAUGGCAUGCAUCAGCUGCAAGUGCAUAGUUUACCUAAUGAAAACUUGGCUCCCAAGCGAGAGAAAUCUGAGAUAAAACUAUGUGAACAAAUUACUAUAGAAGAAAACUCUGAAUGUGAAAAUGUAGCUGAGGUCAUGGAAGCAAGAUCUGCAGAAGAAUGUCCAGCAAAACUGAUGUCAGAGACUGAAUAUAGAAAUACAUUGGAGAAAAAGAUAGACUGCCACAAUGAAUUGUCAUUUUCCAAUAACAACAUCUCUAUAAUGCCUCUGGAUUUCUUGGAAAAUCAAGUAACAGUUGAAACUCUUCAGCUACAGAUAAAGCAGACAUCUUGUGAAGACCUGAAGCUGCUCCUUGGCAUAGAGGAAAGCAAUACAAAAGUUGAUGCUCUUCUCAUAGAAAUCAAAGAAUUAAACUCAAGGUUAGAUUUGCAGCAUACAGAACUAACUGCAAAGAUAACUGCUUAUGCAGAAUUAGAAAAAACAGUUCUAGUACUUAAAAAAGAAAACUCAGACUUAAAUGAGAAACUUGAAUCUGUUUCUUUUGAUAAGCAGCAGAUAUCUUACAAAGUUAUGAUUCUAGAAAAAGAACUUGACAAGGCAAAGUCUGACCUGGAUCUGUACAAAGUUAGAUUAUCUGAUGUAACAGACAUGCUGGAGGACUUAGAAGUGACCAAAGGAGACUGGCGCGAGAAGUUCCUCCUCACUGAAAAUGAACUGAGGAGGACAAAAUCUGAGAAAGAGAACAUUGAGAACCAUGCCCUGUCCAUAGAAGGUGACAUAGAGGAACUUCAGAGAAAAAAUCAGAAGUUAGAAAAAGACAGUGAAAAUAAACUGAAAACUGUUUCAACUCUUCAAGAGCAACUUGCUGUAAUCACAACGGAGAGAAACCAACUCAGUCAAGAACUGAGCAUUUUGUCAGAGAAAAAAGAGGAAUUGGAUCAACUGUAUCAGAAACUGCAGGAGAAAAUAAAAGAACUAGAGUCAAACAAAGUGGAUGCUACUGAAUUUAUUGGGAUAUUAGAGGCUGAAGCUAAGACACAAACCAAACUGCUUCAGACCACAAAAUCUGAUGUAGAUCAGUUAUCAAGGGAAAAAGACUAUCUUGUGCAGCAGUUGCAGAAUGUGGAGAAGGAUGCAGAGAUUCUGACAUUAGAAAAAGAAAAGUUUCAAAACCAGAUGCAGGAUCUGGAGGAGCAAAAAAAAAUGAUUCUAAGGGAGUCUGAAAUGUUGCAGACUAAGUUAAGUGAAUCAGAAAUGGAAAACUCUAAGCUUUCCAAAACUUUGGAAGGCUCAUUAAUUGAAAAAGGUGAACUUGCUGCUAGACUGAACUCAACACAAGAAGAGGUGGAUCAGCUGCGAUAUGGAAUUGAGAAGUUGAAAAUAAAAAUAGAAUCAGAUGAGAAGAAAAAGCACCGCACAGUUGAAAAACUGAAAGAGAGUGAACGGAAAGCAGAUUUUCUUCAGGACAAAAUUGAGAAGCUUGAAAGAGAACUGCAGAUGUCAGAAGAAAAUCUAGAAGAUGCAAUUCUUCAGGCAGAGACUGCUAAAACAGAGGCAGAAACAUUAAAAACUGAGAUAGAAGAGAUGGCAGAAAGGGUGAAAAGUUUAGAAUUCGCAGUUAAUGCCUUCAGGUCAGAAAAAGAAGGUUUGAAUAAAGAACUACAGGAGAAGCAAGAAAAGAUAUCUGAAUUAGAAUCUUCUAACGCUAACGUUGUAAGACUGCUGGAAGAAAAGGAGAAAGAAAAUAUGCAAAUUAAAGAAGAGUCUGAAAAUGUCACGGUAUUGAUAAAAUCUCAGCUGAAAAAUGCAAGUGAGGAAAUAAAGCUUUUUUUCAAUGAGCUAGAAAUUUGUAAGGCAAAAGAACAAGACUUAAUUCAUCAAGUGGGUUGUCUUGAACACGAUAAAACACAACUGUUACUGGAUCUUCAGGAAGCAAGAAACAUCAGUUCCAAACUAGAACAAUCACUAGGAGCACUUGAACAGGAACUUGCAGACUGUAAACAAACCCGGGACGAGAUGAUCCAAGAAAAUGGUGCACUACAAAAGAAGAUUAAAGAUGUAGAGCAGCUCUCUGUACAGCUGUCACAUGCGGAAAGUGAACAUGAAUGCUGGAUACAGGAAAAAGAAGGGCUGCAGUAUACGAUAGCUGAAUUGAAGCAGAAGGUUCAACAGCUAUCUAAUAAUGAAAUUUUGAAGGCUACCCUAGAAAAUCUAAAAGCAUCCCCUAAAGAUCUUGAGAAGGAGUCCACACAGUCUGAAAAAUCUGCUCUUGCUGAAAAGAAUGAAGUAGAAAUUCAGGCCUGUCAAGAGAAAUUGAAUUCAUUGGAGCAGUGUCUGGGUGAACAAAAGUUGGAAAUGGAGCUCUUGAAGUCAAGUAAAGAACAAUUAAAUAAUUCUCUGAAAGAUGCUAACCAGACAAUAGAAGAACUUAAGAAAGUUCAGGUGGAUAAUCUGAAGCAUAUAGUUCAACUGAAGAAGCAAAAUGUAUUUGCUCGUAGAAAAAUGGAGAUGUCAAUGAAAUCCUGUAAGCAGCUAGAGAAGGAAAAAGAAAUGUUGCAGAAACAAAUUGCUGAACAUGAUGCUCUAUUAAAGAAGCAAAAGCCAAGUGCUGAUGAGGUUGCCAGUGCAGAAGAAAUGAGGUUGAAGCUGGAAGAACUAAAGGAAUCUGUAGAAGAGAAAACCAAGGAAGCAGAAGAGAACCUGGAGAAGUAUUGCACUCUGAUUAUUAAUUACUAUAAACUAGAGGAAGCAAAUGAGAUGUUAAAAACACAGGUCUCUCUGUUGAAUGCUCUGCUGAAACAGCCAGGAAAUGCUGUUAAUUCUCCUUCGCAAAAUUCAGAUAAUCCAGUAACACUUAACAGUCAGUCAGUUACAGAGAAGAGGUCAGAUGAAGAUCCUACUAAGCUUUCAGGUAAAAGACAAAGAUGCCAAGAAACCAAGGCAGUUGAUGGGGAACCAAAAUCCCCUAUACCAGAGACCUUAUCUAAAAAAAUUAAAAAGGGAGCCAUCUGCCAACAUUCACUGACUCAUGAGAAUAAGGAGUAUGAGCCAGACGGACUCCCAGAGGUGGUCAAAAAAGGGUUUGCUGAUAUUCCUAUUGAGAAAAUCAGCCCUUAUGUUUUGCAUAGAACAACUCUAAACCUAAGGACCAGUCCCUGUCUUGCUGCACAAAGCCAAAGAUUGUCACCAUGUGCCCAAAGUUUACAAAAAGGCAGGUCAGAUAAUCUUCCGGAGAUCUCUAAACUCACAGCUGGUGGCAGCAAAUCACAAAAGGAAGAUGAUACUCAACAGUGCCAAGCAGAAACAACUAUUGAACCCAUGGAAUCUAGUUCAAGAUCUCCUCUUUGCAUAAAUAAGCAACCCACAAAAGCUGUUGCUGAGAACUCUAGGGAGAAUCUUAACACACACAAAGGCGGAUGUUCCUUCAACAGAAAAACAUUACCUGAUCAAAAUGAACAAGAAGAAAACUGUAUGGUACAGUAAACCUGCAGUUAUCACUUCAGAUCAAAAUAACCUUUGGAAAAUAAAUAGUUUUCAUGACUAGGUAUGAAAACUAUAUGCCCACUAUUUUUUGUCAAACGAAUUUGUAUAAUUCUUUCAACACUGAUUAUUUUUACAGGUCUUGUUGUUAAACACUUACUGAAACCUAUGUCAGUAAAGCUAUGUUCAAAGAAUAGACAUAUCCAUUUUUAUUUCUCAAUAUGUUGGUUAUAUAGGUGAUCAUUGUACAGGGUUCUAUAAAUAAUUCUAUAGAAACUUGUUUGAAAUAAAGUUUAAUAGAAAUGCAGUUAAAUACCAAACCACACAUUACAUUAGCAGUAUUCUUUCUGUAUAUAGAUGUUUCAUUAAAUUUCCAAAACACA